AUGCAGGCUCGCACAGGGGUGGCCGACCUGGAGGAGGUGAGCUGCCUGGCGGCGCUGCCGGCGAGGAAGCCCUUCGCCGACGUCCCGUGCACGGUGCCCGACGAGGGCGACCUGGUGACGCUCCCCACGGCGCUGGGCAGGGACGCCGCGGGCGAAGAGGGCGCGGCGCUGUGCGCGUGGCUGCAGGAGGCGCUGCUGGAAGAGCGGAGCGCCGUGGCCAGGGACCUGCUCUCCAGGCACACCGCGAUGCUCGCCGAGCUGGAGUCCAGGAUGCGCGCUGCGUCCCCCAGGACCGUGCCGAAGGCGUCCCCGUCGCAGAGGGCGCCCCCCGGCGAGGCGAGCGAGGCGCCGCUGCGGGCGCAGUCGCGCGUGCAGUUCGAGGACGCCGGGCCGCCGGGCUGCGUGGUGAACCUGCGCGGGGCGGGCGAGGGGGACGAGCUGGUCGCCAGGCGGUCCGGCUGGGAGCAGAGCGAGAAGGAGGAGGAGCUCUCCGACCACGGCCACAGCAGCGACGGCGGCGACGCGGCAGGCACGUCCGAGACCGCCAAGAGCAUGGAGGGCCCUCGGAAGGAGAGGGGCAACGCAUCCAGCUCGGCUCCCAGCAUGGCUCGCGCUGCCAACAGGCUGUUCAAGUCCACCAAGUCCGAGCGGAGCGGCAAUGGCUCGAGGAGGCAGCAGCAGCUCCGCCGGAUCGUGAAGAGCAAUGCGUUCGAGGUGUUUUCGGCCACGAUCAUCGCCCUCACCACAACGGCCGCGGCGCUCGAGGUCCAGUACCACAGUUUCCAAAUUGGUUCCAACCUCGGCUACCGCUGGUACCGCACGUCUAGCGAGGAGACCUGGCCAGGCGGGGGCACCCUCUUCGAGGUCCUGGACUACAUGUGCGGGGUCCUGUUCACCGUCGAGGUGGUGCUGAAGGGGAUCGCCCUCCGCUCGGACUUCUGCCACGACAGCUGGAACUUCUUGGACCUCUCGGUGACGGUCUGCUGGUACGUGGAGGUCCUUGGCGAGAGCUACGUGCCCCUCGACCCGACGCUGCUGCGCAUGGGGCGACUGGUGCGUCUCUUCCGCCUGCUCAAGCUGGCGAAGAAGAUCGAGGGCUUCGACUCGCUGUACCUGAUGACCACCGCCGUCCGCGGCAGUGCCUCUUCGCUGGGUUGGUCCUGCCUGCUGCUCUUCUUAUCUAGUGAUCAUCGUCGCGCUCUUUGUUCAUUCGGUGUUGGCCAACUGGUACUUGGACAAAGACGACUACCCCGUAGACGAGCGCAGGGAGGUGUUCGCGUAUUGGGGAUCAUUUUCCAGGGCAAUCUUGACCACCUUCGAGAUCACUUUAGCAGACUUCCCAGAACCUUGCCGGAUGUUGACAGAGCUCGUCAAUGA